CAGCGUGCACCCGCAGUGGCACAGUGGCAUCACGCGCUGGAACGCUGGCAAGGGUCACACAGGCACAUCCCAAACAGCUACGGCAACCCAAUCCCUAAAAUGUGCAGACGCCGGGGGUGUGGCCUCUGACAUCAGCACGCGCGCCCUACUACAGAACGCGGUGGAACGGCAGACUAGACCAACGAGACACGCAUCUUUCUGAUGCACCUCAACGGCAUCUGGGUUUUAAUUUGAUGUUUGUUUGUAUCGUGUUUUGAUUAUAAAGUCGUAUAGAUUACUAACAUCUAUACAACCAAAGGAUACCGCCGGAAUAGCGAUAAAGAACGAACAUCGGCAACUUUACGGACUCCCUCUUUGAUCUUCGGACCUCCUAAAAAAAGGCUCAAGGUCACCCCGUUCCAAACCCCCUCCUCCUCCACCCAGCGGACACGGAGCUGAUCCUCAGCCUGGUCGCCAGUCCCUCUGCCUCCCUGCUCCUCCUCUAUGCAGACACACCUGGAUCCUGGCCCAGACCGAGCGCUGACUGGCCGCCGUGCUGCUCGCUAGCCCGUGGACCGAGCCCAGCAGAACCUCCUCUCUCCCCUUCCCUCCCCCCUCGGACUCCUCCCACCCCCUCCAGACGGAGAGACCCCCCCCCCCCCCCCCUCAGAGCGGACGCGGGACUUUGACGCCGGGGGCCGAAGUGCGGUGGUGGAGGAGGAGGGAGGCUGUUUUUGGCGUCGGUUCGAGUCCCAACCCGGCUCGUCUCCCUGAGGUUCCUCUCGAGGACCUAUGAGCCUGGGCGGCCAUGGCGGCUGACAGCCUUCAGUACCGCGCCCUCUUCGAGUACAAGCGGGAGCGCGGAGAUGACAUCAGCCUGCUGCCCGGUGACCUGCUCACCGUCCCCAAGGCGACCGGCGUCGCGGGCGACCACCAGGAGGGCAACGAGCGCAGCCCCAGAGGGUGGCUGCACGGGACCAACGAGCGCACCAAGGAGACCGGAGACUUUCCCGGCACCUUUGUGGAGUACCUGGGGCUGGUGCGAGGGGGCCUGCCCCCUGCCAAGCCCUGGCCCAGGCCUGUGCCACCCACCCCGGGGGGAUCGCAGAGCGCCGUGGGCCCCCAGCCUCCGGGAGGCGGCAACGCCCCAGCAGGACUCACCUUGUACCACGCAAGGUUCUCCCGUAUUACUCAGAUUAAACACAGAAUUGUUUAA